AUGAUUACUCCCAUCUCCUUGCGGCGCCACUCAAAUAAUUAUCAGCCUUCGUCUAGAUGCUUGUUGGAGGACGGUCGCUCGUGCAUCGGAUUGGAAAAUAUUGAUGCUGCAUUGGAGGGACCUUCAGAACAGUAUGGCGAUGAAUGUUGGCCUAACUGUCCGAUGAUUUACACUGUGACGAUCUCGCAGGGCUUGAGUCCUCUCCCAACGAAUGCAUUUACUGUCACAAUUGGGGGAAACAUUGCAACAACACAUACUUUGACUUCAACUCAUACUGCUUCCUUGUCGCUAACGAGCGAUGUCCAAUCGAGCAUACUCUCUGAUCCAACGUCGACGACCGAUACAAGGUUUACUAGCGCUACUUUUGUCUCGACCCCGGCACCUAUAUCUUCUGGGGGUAUUGUAACUCAGGUUAAUAAGCUGUCCAGUACAAGUCCUAUUUCAGCAACCGCCGCACCUGCAAGCACCAGUAGUUCAACUUCUGCUAACCUUCAAACAUUCGACGGCGCUUUAGGCAACAUACCUGCACCACCGGUCUUUGAUACAGGCACUGGGGAGUUUUUAGUGGAAGGGAACUCGUCCUUCGAUGAUAAGCAGAAUGCAUUGACUCGAUCUUGCGACGUACAGCACAACGAUUGUGGAAACGCUGCGAAUGCAGACCAUGACAUUUCAUUCACUGUCAACGAUUGUGAUGCUCAAGAAGCCCAGUGUAAGGCUAUCGCUGGGUCGUGA